AUGGAGCAGGAUCAUCCGCUCGCCUGGUCGGACAUCGCCGCCCCCGGCGACGAUGAUUUCUCCAGUUUCCUGGAGUUUGGAAUGCACUUUCCCGACCUUGAAGGGCAUGGGUCGACCGAUCAUCAUUCUCAACGUUCAGUCAUCUCCAUCCCUACUUCUGCGGUCCAAUCCGCCCAAGAGCACCUCGUUCGCAUGGAUACCGACACCAUCGCAUCCCAGCCAUCGUCAUAUAAUCGCGUCACGGGCGAUUACCCCGUUGAUAACCAAGGCCAUGCGCAUCUUCCCAUCUCGCCCUAUUCGAAUACCCCUAUGACCCCGGCAUUUCUUACCCAAAAGUCUCAAUUCCUCCAGCAAUCGCACCCGCAACAGCCUUCGCAGGACCACUCGCAUCGCCAGUCUCACUGUCCACCGCCGUCGUCGCAGCCAUAUAUACCCCAUGGGCAGCAAGUGAUCCCCCCAACUCCCAAUAGCGUCGAGCUGCAAGGUAAUGCUGCCACAUACCCACAACGUGUCGAAGAGAACCACGAGAUGUACGAUCGGUAUGCCCGUUUCAACGAGGAACAGGCACUUUACACCCCCCUUGUUUCCCCCGCCAUGACUCCGUUGGAAGCCCAAUUUCGGCUUCCGGAGUACACCAUCCCUGGAGAAUACUUCACUCCUCUCACCUCUCCCGCUCUCGAUGCUCAAAAUGCGAAUUCCAACAGCUACCCUUUUCCUGCCGGCCAAAUGUCUGACGUGGGAUUCGUACCAUCGUCCACAGACAAUGCCAUUCCCACGUCAUCAGCCCCAUCCUCUCCAGGACUGGCUAAGAAGCAUCGCCGACGAACGUCAACUACCAAGACAUUUACUUCCCGAGCUAAGAAACAACAGUCGCCCUCCGCGCGCCCUCAAUCGCGGAAGAAGUCUCUUUUGAACAUCAACUCGGAUGAGGUCUUGAACGGACUCACUACGGACCAGGGAGGACCGAGGUCCAAGCCCUUGGGUAGCAGCGGGCUCCGGUAUGGGAGCAAUGAAAGCUCGGGGCCGGACUCCGUCUCUCCAGAGCCCCUUUCGGAGCCCUUGAUGCCUCCGCCGGCCCUUCCCCCGGCUCGGAGGUCACCUGCAGUCGGCCCUCAGGCAAACCAGUCGGACACCAGUGAGCCAGCAACUCCAGCCAUGUUGAUGCGUAUCCAGCGGACGCAACAUAGUCCAGCUAUAGUUACAAGUGAAAAUCCUACCCAAAAUGAAACCGGGUCAUCAAAGUCGCAUGACACUGUCAUGGAGGAUGUCGUACUUCCAGAGGCUAUGACUCCUGCAGCGUACCCUUCUCGACCACAAGUUACCCGCAUCGAUACCACCUUCCGCACAGACGCAUCGUCCGCAACAGCAUCAGCUAGCGUGACCCCUGCUCUAGAACUCAAGUCGGCUUCAACGACGGAGCGUAGCACCAGUUCCGUUGCACCCAGCCCGCGCUCCAUUGCCAUGCCUUCUCCCAAUGGACCCGUAGGGAAGAAGUCAGACACUCCCAAACUUGGGCCCAUGAAUAGAAAGCGGCAGAGUCUUAGCUCAACCCAGGCCAGCCCCAAUUUACGUCCUAAGAUCAGCCCAAGUAUCCAACCUUUGGUCCGUGGUGAUGGCUUAUCGAACGAAACAUCCGCCCUGUAUCUAGCUUCAAAAUCUAACUACCAGCAUAUUUUGGACGGGACGCUUCUUCCUGGGGUCUCCUAUCCCGAGACCUUGGCUGAGAACCUGAGCUCAAAACGAACAAACCACAAACUCGCAGAGCAGGGUCGACGAAACCGCAUUAACAACGCACUUAAGGAGAUCGAAACCCUGAUUCCGCCGGAAUUCUUCCACCACAAAAAUGCGAAAGAAGAUGCGAUCUGCAAUGCUAAGGGCGGCGAGAAGGAGAAGGAGAAAACGGCAACCCAACAGAUUAGCAAGGCUAGCACGGUGGAAAUGGCUAUUGACUAUAUUAAAGCACUCAAGCAGGAACUUGAAGAAACAAAAGGAAAACUAAAAACGGCAGAGGCCCGGCUGGAGACCUCCAAGAGGCGUGACGGUGAGGUAAUCAACACGGAGAGUGAGGAUUUGGGGGAAUCCGCCCAAACAGAAAGAGAUCAGGUUGCUGAGAAAAACGGUACCGUAUAG